GUUUUUAUGACUGUCAACCACUUGGCGCGUCCGCGGUACUGCCCCGGUCCGAGUGGGUGGCAGCGACGAGAAUCCGCGCGCGCACAUCUCAGACCAGUCGAUAACGACCAGUGUGUGCGGUGGAACCAACCAACUCGAGUGUAAUUAUCACUUGGCUUGAACCGAGUCGUCAUUAUUGGAUCAUCGAGAACAACGAGAACCAAACAAGUGAAAGUCAACGACUUAAUGAAUUUUCAAUUGCCCAUGGUUCUCCGGGUAUUGGUGGAAAAUUGCAACCCAAAACUGUGUGAAACUUCGUUCCAGAAGGACCAACUUUUGUGACCCGCUUUCCCAGAGCCAAGGCCAGCGAUUUGGUCGGUAAAUAAUUGCAGCAACAAAGUAGUAAAAUUAUCACUAUCAAAACUGUGCUCUUUGUGGAAAAUUGGACAGCCAGCGGGAAUAAAAAUUUCUCGAAGCUGAGAUAGCAUGAUUUUCCAGCAGCUGAACUCGGAAAAGUAGAACGGAGGAAAAAUAUUCUACGCUUUUCCUGCAGGAGGUGAACGGGUGUACUGUUAAAUAAUUUAAAUAAAAUUGCAAAAGUUUUGUCAUUUGCCAGCGCUGUUGGAGGGGGUAAGGGAGGCCAGAACGACAAAACGGCCGACAAGUCUCCGAUGUGACAUAACCUCAAAAUUAACGCAGAUACAAUGUCUGGUCGAGUGUUGUUUCUGACACUGCUAGUGGUUGGAAACUUUGUCCUCCACUGGGACACGGCGGCUGCCCAACGCCGGAACAUGGCUGAUGUCGAACUGGAUGACGAAAACUAUGCCAUCACGUUGAAAGCUUGCUACGUAGAAGAUUUGCGCAACAUUCGAGAGCACAUUCAAAACCCGCUAACGGUUAUCAUAAAUCACUGCUAUCUGCAAGAGCUUCCAAAUGCCAUCUUCAUACGCUUUUCAGAUCUUCACACCCUGGAGAUUACUGAUAGUCGUCUUAACAACCUGCAAGAUUUUGCUCUUAAUGGCCUGCGGAAUCUAGAGGUUCUCAACUUUUCCAGAAACAAUCUCACCACGAUAAAAUCCUGGAGUGACCACGAUCUCGAAAGCCUUCAAACGCUAGACCUACGAAGGAAUCUCGUGAAAGGUAUCAAUACCCAAUCAUUCAAACGGUACCCCAAUCUGAAUAAAAUAAACCUCGCCGGAAAUCUGAUCGAAAUCAUCCCCGAAGGCACCUUCAAAGUAGUCCCUAACCUCAAGUACCUGAACCUGGGCCGAAACCUACUAACCUCCAUCGAGGAAACCACCCUCAAAGGCCUAAGCAAACUGACCCACGCCCUCUUUCAUCACAAUCAAAUAACAUUCGUUGACUUCUUUGCCUUCAUCGGUAAUAGCCAUCUGAAGACGCUUCAACUGCAGGGCAACCAGAUCACCAUCUUCGAAACGGAUUUGCUGUCCAAUCUGCCCCGGUUGACGUUCCUGAAUAUCAGCUACAACCAGCUGGAGGAUAUCGCUGAUUACACUUUCAAGAAGAAUGCCGACCUACGGGUGUUGGAUUUGAGCUACAAUGGGAUCGAAAACUUUCGCGAGGAUAGCUUCAAGGGGUUGGUCAGCUUGGAGGUAUUCAACGCCAGCCAUAACCACAUCACUCAGCUGAACAAAUACAUUUUCAAGGACUUCUCCUCGGUUCGCUUCCUUGACCUGUCGGGCAACCGGCUAGCCUACAUCGACAACAAACUGUUCGAAUACAGCCCACGGUUGGAGCUGCUGAACCUGUCUCGGAAUGCCAUCUCCGAAAUCGAACCGAACAUCUUCGAGGACUCGCGGAAGCUACUCACGCUGGACUUGUCCCACAACCAGCUGGCGGAGGACGCCUUUCUGUGGCCGAUCGUUAGCUUGAAUCAUCUGAACAUGAGCGAUAACCAGUUCCAGCGAUUGAACGCAUCCGUCCUGGAGAGCUUCGGUCAGGUGCGAUUGAACAGGAAUCCCUGGAGCUGUCAGUUCCUGAUUCUGGAACUGAUGAAGCAUAGUAAGAACGUAGAAUACGGGAAGAACUACGUGGUGGAAUCGACGGAUAGCAUUCUGAACACGCAGGGGAUCGAGUGCACGGACGAGAGGGGAAAGUUGAGGGACAUUGUUGUGGUGGAAAGUAUGGUUAAGCCGGAGUAUAGUUCGGAAUAUCAUCGCUUCCAUCUGCUGCACCAAGAGCAGCUGGAUACCCGUCCCAUUCAGGACAACUUCGACACCAAGUCCACCAUUCUGUGGCUUCUGUCCGGAGCGUUCGUCGUAUUUGGUGCUUUCAAGUUGAUACAGCUGAUUCUGCGGCACUCGGAACAUCAGAGCGAAAAGUGGCGCUUGGCUCAGCACCUUCCACCUGUGCGCAGUCUGGUCUCACUAUCACCAAGGUAGCCUUUUUUUCCGCUGUGACCUCCUUUGAAAGGCUCAAUUUUUCAUCCUCUAUUGAUUACAGUUUUCCAGUUUUUCUUCUUCUGCCCUUUUUUUUCUCACCUCCUCGCAAGUUCACAGCGCGCCCCCCGAAGAUGCGACAAAAUGUUGAAAAUCUUUUUCUUCGCCCCAUAUUUAUUUUCUCAUAUUUGUCACCCGCAUUGCCGUGUAUACGCGCUGUUUAUUUCCCAAUUACUCCACAUGGUGCGGAUGCUGACGACGAUGUCUGCAGCAAGCAAGACGACGUCAACGACAACAUGGUUGGCCUACUGGCAGUUGGACCACUGAUGCUGGAGCAUAUCACCGCACCGCACCGCACCGCACCGAUCUUGACGCAGAGAGCGUCAGUAUGGAGUGGUGUAGAGUUCACCCCACUUCAUCACGCUUUUCGAACUUCUUGUGAAUGGAAUCUGCCGCCGGUGGUGCUAGUACUACAGAUGAUACGAGGCCAUACAAGGUACCUACAAACAUGGGUUUGGGGGUGGAAGUGUUCCAGAGCAGCAAUACGAGGAAAUAUGGGAGCGCGUCCGUCGCAUAAUUCAGAAACGCCUCAAUGUAUCACAAAUAAUAGAGCCAAAUAAAUCAUCGCCGUUUUACCGAGAAACCACAAUACGUGUAGUUCAGCUUGUUAUAUUUAGUGAAUUUUUGGUGGUGAUGAUAGAUGGGUCGUAUGAAAAAAAAAAGAAAACAUGAACUUACUAUAUUUUUGAUAGUAAAUACUACUUGUGGAACAUGUUCGUUGGGCAUUCCCCAAAAAAACAAAACGAUGUUCGAAAAGUCGAUCCUAAAUUGAAAGAUAAGCUUACUUGAAGCAUUUUUGUAGAAUUUAUCGAUUUUCUAAAAAAUCAUUCAAAAAUGUUUCGACAGGGCAAUUUUUAAAAUUACCCUUUUUCUUAAAAAUUCUUAAAAAAACAUAUUUUUCCUUUUUUGUUUUUUUUUUAUAUUUUAGUAUUUCUUUUUCACCUUUAGGCAUAACUUUCGUGGUUGAAAAUUUAAAAAACCCAGAUUAAUCCACCUAGUGGUGAUAGUGCCUUUCUCGUCGAACAUGUACUCAUGAUCCUUCUUUGGUUGGGAUACGACUGGGAUGAUUUUGCUUCAGAAUGUUGGCUUCAGCCUUUUGGGGGAAUCGAAAACACUAGUUUAUGAUUUUUUCCGACGUUUCGAUCUGUAUGGGGCCUUUUCAAGGGUUCAAUCGGUCAAGGUUUCCUAGUCAAGAUGGCCUUGCCUAACUUAAAAAUGUCAUACGGAAGUUUUGGUAUUUAUUGAGUCCGUUCGGUUUGAAACCGUCGUGAUGUGGACAAUCUCCUACCUAUCGGGCGGUUUAGAAUUCGGUCC